UUGUAAAAUAUUAUUAUUUAAAAUUUCUACCGUGUAGAAAGAAAUAAUGGAUAAAGAGCGAUGAUGUGGCACACAGAGAAGUCGAUCAACGGCCAGGAUCAUUCGAACCGCCUAACGUUGUUUAAGACCAGGAUUUUGAGUCGCCCCAAAAAAAAAAAAAAAAAAAAAAAAGCAUGCGAAGAUUCAAAAAAACGUAACUGAAACCAGGAGAGGCUCUGAAGCGCCCAUGGUGCUCCCGCCAAACCAGAAGCUAUGUCUUCAAAGCUUGAAUCUUGCAGAUACCUUGGCAACCAUGGCCCAGUCCUGCUCCUCCAUGAGACACCUCAAGCAAAUCCACGCCCACGCAAUCCUCACAAACCUCCAUCACCACCGCAUCGUUCUCGCCAAGAUCUUCCGUUUCGCUGCUGUCUCACCUUCCGGCGAUUUGCACUAUGCUUACCGCCUGUUCUCUCAAAUGCCCAACCCAAACACGUUCUUCUAUAACACUCUCAUACGAGGUUAUUCCAAGAGCUUUUCGCCUUCCUAUUCGGUUCAUUUGUUCAAUCAGAUGAGGCUGAAUUCCGUAGACCCAGAUGAGUUUACACUCACAUUCCUGCUGAAAUCGCGGUCAAGGAUGAAAAUCGAUCUCCCUUUGGUUAUGGAGUCCGAUGAGAUUCAUGGGGUUGUUUUGAAGUUUGGAUUUUGCUCUCAUUUGUUUGUGAAUAAUGCUUUGAUUCAUUUGUAUGCAGCGAGAGGGGUACCCAGCGCAGCUAGACGAGUGUUUGCUGAGACAGUGGAUGUGGAUGUUGUUUCAUGGUCGGGUUUGGUAGUGGCACAUGUGAGAGCUGGAGAAUUGGAAUAUGCGCAACAUGUAUUUGAUCGAAUGCCCGAGAGAGAUGUCGUUUCUUGGACUGCCAUGAUUUCUGGGUAUUCAAAAGCAAAGCGAUCGAGGGAGGCACUUGAUUUGUUUUGGGAUAUGAGGGAUGCAGGAGUGAGACCAGACGAGGUCACCAUGGUGGGUGUAAUCACGGCAUGUACAAAUUUGGGAGAUUUGGAAACUGGGACAGAAAUUCACCGAUAUAUUGAAGAUAACGGGUGUGGGUGGAUGGUUUCGCUUUGCAAUGCUUUGAUCGACUUGUAUGCAAAAUGUGGAUACAUGGAUGGCGCUUGGCAAGUGUUCAGAAACAUGAACAGGAAGAGCUUGAUCACUUGGAAUUCGAUCAUCUCAGCUUGCGCAAACCAUGGCAAUGCAGAUGAUGCAUUUAGUUUGUAUGAAAGCAUGGUCAACUCUGGUAUUCAACCUGAUGGGAUCACCUUUUUAGCCCUAUUAGUCGCUUACACACACAAGGGAUUGGUGGAUGAAGGUUACAGACUAUUUGAGAGCAUGCAAAAGGACUAUGGAAUUGAGGCAAGUAUUGAGCAUUAUGGAUGCAUGGUAGACAUGUUGGGCAAGGCAGGUCGGCUUGAAGAAGCAUAUCAAUUAAUAACUAGCAUGCCAAUACCAAGCAAUGAUGCUGUUUGGGGAGCACUGCUUGCAGCUUGCAGAACUCAUGGUAAUGUAGAUAUGGCGGAGAGAGUUGUGAAACGAUUGCUAGAGUUGAAACCAGAUGAGGGAGGAUACUAUAUCCUCCUUCGUGAUAUUUAUGUUGCUGCAGGACGGACAGAGGAGGCAAAUGAGAUGAGGCAUGCCAUGAUGAUCAAUGGUGCAAGAAAGAAUCCUGGUUGCAGUUGGAUGGGAGCAUAAAGAUUUAACAUCAAUGCUGUAUCUGCAUUCCGAAUUAAUGGGAUCCAGCCUCUUGCUUCUGUUGGUCAUGGAACUUAGAAACAAGGAGAAUGGUUGAGUUUCCAUCAGAUGUACCGGCAACGUCUUGCCAGAUUGUUCUAUGAUAUGCUAACUUUCUACAAAGCCCUCCCAGAGCUUACUGGGUGCAUUAGUCUUAACAACACACAAAAGAUUGGAGGCAUAUUUCUUAAUGUGUACCCCUAGGUUGCCCAGCACUGAGAUGUAAUCUCACAUGUUCCUUGUAUCAUGAAGUAAAUCAAAUUUGCAGAAAAUAAAAAUCGAUGUCCUGGUCUCUCAUUUGUGUCUGCAGCAAAAAAGAUUAUGUGCUCGGACAGAAUGCAAUCAAAGGUUUCUCAUUGACAUGUCUUCGAAGGCGAUUAGUGCCCCUCCAAGUUGGAAACUUCUAAAAGAACAUAUUUCUGUAGUUGAACACAUCCUGAGAGCCAUUUCCAUUUACCAUUUACUGUUGAUUGGAUAAAUGUUUUCAAGAUUACCAUCUUCAUUAAUGUUUUCAAGAGUACCAUCUUCAUUAUUACCUAA